GGCCUCCUGAGACCCAGGCGGGCGGAGGGCUGAGCUCGCCAGGCUGGGCUCCCGAGGUCCCGGCCCGCGCGCGGAAGGCGGGCUCCCCCGGCCCCUCCUCCGCCGUCGGCGCCGCCCCGCCCCCGCCCCGACCCGGGCCCUGGGAGCCUCGGUGCGCGGCGCGGAGCCCGCCGGCAGCCGGAGCAGGGCGCCCAGGUGGUUGCCCCCUUCCCGCUCCUGAGAUGUCAGGAAGGAGGGGGCGCCCUGCGUCCCCCACAGGGGCCCCCUGGAGCCUGGGGGCCCCCAGCCCGGGAGCUCGGAGGCGGAGGAGGUGCUGACAGGUGCCCUGCGAGAUGCUGCCCCACCCUGCACGGUGCCUCCCCAUCCUCCUCCUCCUCUGCCUCCUCCCCAGCGUCCCCGUGGGACCCCACCCCCCGCCCUCUCCGCUGCCCCCGUUUCCAGGCCCCGAGUGGGACCUCCUGUCCCCGCGCGUGGUGCUGUCCCGGGGCGCCCCCGCGGGCCCCCCGCUGCUCUUCCUGCUGGAGACCGGGGCCUUCGGGGAGCCGGCGGGCGGCCCCGCCAACCGCAGCCGGCGAGGCGUGAGCGAGACGGCGCCGGCCAGCCGCCGCGGGGAGCUGGCCGUGUGCGACGCGGUCAGCAGCUGGGUGACGGACCGGCGGACGGCCGUGGACCUGCGCGGGCGGGAGGUGGAGGUGCUGGGCGAGGUGCCCGCGGCCGGCGGCAGCCCCCUGCGCCAGUACUUCUUUGAGACCCGCUGCAAGGCCGACAGCGCCGGGGAAGAGGGCCCCGGCGCGGGCGGCGGCGGCUGCCGGGGCGUGGACCGGAGGCACUGGGUGUCCGAGUGCAAGGCCAAGCAGUCCUACGUGCGGGCGCUGACCACGGACGCCCAGGGCCGCGUGGGCUGGCGCUGGAUUCGCAUCGACACUGCCUGCGUCUGCACGCUCCUCAGCCGGACCGGCCGGGCCUGAGGCCUGCUCUGCGCGGGAAGGACCUGGGCAAGCAGAGGAGAGAAGAGCUGGAGGCCGAGAGGGACCUCAGGGGGGGCCUGGCUGCUCUGGGCCUCUGUUGUGGGAACUUGUGAAGUCGUCACAAAGUCAGCUCAAUCGGUACAAGACAGGUGGGGAAAAUGGGUGGGGUUUUGAAGGAUGAAUAGGAGUUCUGUGAACGCCACGGCGGCGGAUGAUGAUGAUGAUGAUAGCCUAUGUUUUCUGAAUGUCUACUGUUUAAGAGCUCUAAUACACAACUUGUCAGAUCAA